AUGUCAGCUCAGAGUAAGCAUAAGAGUAAUGUUGACCAAAUACAUCAGCUUUUGAGAUUUGGACUUGGUGACCAGGUAUUCCUUCGAGUGUCACGAUUUGGGAGGCGGGGAAAGCUUAGCCCCAUGUAUAUAGGACCAUAUGAGACUCUGUGGAUAGUUGUUGAAUGGGAUGUCUUUUUGACCUUUGUGGAAGAGCUAGUUGCUAAUCUAGAUAGAGAUGUGCGACAACUGAAUUCUAGAGCCAUUCCUGUGGUUAAGGUCCGUUGGAGGCAUCGUCCAGUCGAGGAGGCUAUCUGGGAGACCGAGCAUGAGAUGUGA